CACCUGGGAGCCAGUCCUCGCUGGGUAAACGGAAAGGAACAAAUUCGUGUGGAUGAAAAUAAAAAUAUCCUGGUGGGGGUGAAAGGGAGGUGGGGUUUGUCUGCGCGCGCGUUGGACUCGGGAGAGCAACUCCGGAGCGGCGUGCGGUGUCGCCUCCCGGCCGGCCAUGGACUGGCGGGAGGAAGGCGCAGGGCGCCGCGGCCGCUCGCGCCCCUAGCCCAGCGCUUCCUCGCCUUCCCGCCCCGCUCCGACCCUAGGGGAGCUUGGCGACCGUGUCUUCAUCGCCCAGACGGCACCGGGGAGCCGAGGAUCUGCGCUCCGGGUCUCCGGGAUGUGCGCGUCUGAGAUGGGGACGCUGUGGCACCAUUGGUCCCCCGUGCUCAUCAGCCUGGCCGCCCUCUUCUCCAAAGUGGCUGAAAGCCGAGGCAUACUGGAGAGUAUCCAGAGGUUCUCUCUGCUGCCCACCUACCUCCCGGUGACCUACCACAUCCACCACGCAGACGUGUCCUUCUUCCUCAAGGAAGCCAACCAGGACAUCAUGAGAAACUCCAGUCUACAGUCGAGGGUGGAGUCCUUUCUGAUUUACAAAUCCAAGAGGCUACCAGUCCUGAAUGCCAGCUAUGGGCCUUUCGCCAUUGAGCAGGUGGUACCCCAGGACUUGAUGCUCCCCUCCAGCCCCUUUGGAUUCACCAGCACGUUUUCUCUGAACUGGAAGCUGAAGGCGCAUAUCCUGCGGGACAAGAUCUACCUGACCCGGCCCCGCGUGCAGGUGCUGUUCCACGUGGUGGGCAGGGACUGGGACGACCCUGGCCCGGUGCAGAGCCUGCCCUGCCUGCGGGUGUUCGCCUUCCGGGAGACCCGGGAGGUACGAGGCAGCUGCCGCCUGCGGGGGGCUCUGGGGCUGUGCGUGGCGCAGCUGGAGCUCCCGGCCAGCUGGUUCGGCCCCCCGACGGUGGUGGCCGGGAGGAAGAAGGCGCUGGAGCCCCCCGAAGGGAGCCCGGUGGAGCUCUACUAUGCCGUGCAGCAAGGGGACGAGCGUGGAGACUGUGCCAAGGAGGAUGCCCGGAGAGCCGGCGGGAUGCGGACGGGCCGUAAUGACAUCGAUGAGUCGGGGCCUCCCUUGCACAGGAUCGGGAGUGUUUUUCUUUACCAGACCCCCAGCCGGCCACCGCUGAGAGAGUUGCGCUUGGAUAACCACGUGGCUGUGCAGUACGUGCCAAAGACAGUCAGGCAGGGAGACGUGCUGACUUUUCCCGUCUCCAUCUCCAAAAACUCCACCGAGGACCGCUUCACGUUAAGGGUAAAGGUGAUGAAAGGCAUGAACAUCAUUGGGGUGAGAGCCAGCAGCCCUUCCGUGUGGGAAGUCAAGGAGAGCACAGAUUACGCUGGGAAGUACACACCUGCUGUCAUUGUUUGUCAGAAGAAAUCGGCUGGCUCGGAAAAAAGUGCUAACGGUGCCUCCUAUGAAGUCAUGCAGAUCGACGUAGAAAUAGAAGAACCCGGUGACCCGCCGGCCACACAGCUUGUCACAUGGCAGGUUGAAUAUCCAGGAGACAUCACGUCUGACUUGGGUGUCUCCAAGAUCUACGUGAGUCAGAAAGACUUGAUCGGAGUCAUCCCACUGGCCAUGGAGGCGGAAAUCCUGAACACAGCCAUCCUCACUGGGAAGACGGUGGCCGUGCCCGUGAAGGUGGUCUCUGUGGAGGAGGAUGGCGCGGUAACAGAUCUCAAGUCUGUGGAGUGUCGAUCGUCUGAUGAAGACGUCAUUAAGGUUUCUGACAGAUGUGACUACAUCUUUGUCAAUGGGAAGGAAAUGAAGGGCAAGGUGGGCGUGGUGGUGAACUUCACCUUCCAGCACCUGAACACUCCUCUGGAGAUGACGGUAUGGGUGCCCCGGUUGCCCCUGCAGAUCGAGAUCUCGGACACUGAGCUCAACCAGAUCAAGGGCUGGAGAGUCCCCAUCGUCUCCAACAAGAGGCCAGCUCAGGACAGCGAGGAGGAGGAUGAAGACGAGAAGAGGAACAGGGGCUGCACGCUCCAAUACCAGCAUGCCAUGGUGCGGGUCUUGACUCAGUUUGUGGCGGAAGCGGCUGAGCCCGGGGGGCAGCUGGCCCACCUGCUAGGCUCCGAUUGGCAGGUGGACAUCACGGAGCUGGUAAAUGACUUCAUGCAGGUGGAGGAGCCCCGGAUCGCCAAGCUGCAAGGGGGACAAGUCCUGAUUGGCCAGGAACUGGGGAUGACCACCAUUCAGAUCCUGUCGCCUCUGUCAGACGCUAUCUUGGCCGAGAAGACGGUCACCGUGCUGGACGAAAAGGUGACAAUCACGGACCUUGGGGUCCAGCUGGUGACGGGACUGUCCCUCUCCCUGCAACUCAGCCCAGGGAGCAACAGAGCCAUCUUCGCCACCGCGGUGGCUCAAGAACUUCUGCAAAGGCCCAAACAGGAAGCAGCCAUCAGUUGCUGGGUCCAAUUCAGUGAUGGCUCCGUCACCCCCUUGGAUAUUUACGAUGCAAAAGACUUCUCCCUGAUGGCCACAUCCCUGGAUGAGAAGGUGGUCUCCAUCCACCAAGACCCCAAAUUCAAGUGGCCUAUAAUCGCCGCUGAAGCUGAAGGACAGGGGGCCCUGGUGAAGGUCGAAAUGGUCAUUUGCGAAUCGUGCCAGAAAUCCAAGCGGAAGAGCGUGCUGGCUGUGGGGACAGCCAAUAUCAAAGUGAAGUUUGGCCAAAAUGAUGCCACCCCCAACACCAGUGACAGCAGACACACAGGGGCAGGAGGUCCCCUGGAUAAUAACAUCAGUGACAGAAGACCCAAAAAGCCCUUGCAGGAAUGGGGGAGUCAGGAGGGACAGUACUACAGCAGUUCCUCCAUGGGCCUCAUGGAAGGCAGGGGCUCCACAACGGAGAGGUCCACCUUCCAGAAGAACAGGGGCCAGGAAAGCCUUCUGGAUGGUGGCAGCCAUUUGCAGACCAUCUCCAUCGACCUCACCAGCUUCCCAGCCCAGGUGGACCUGCCCAGAAGCCACGGGGAGACAGAGGAGAAUGACCCCCAGUCCUCCAAAGGGCUGAGCGACCUGGAGAUCGGAAUGUAUGCCCUGCUGGGGGUCUUCUGCCUGGCCAUUUUGGUCUUCCUCAUCAAUUGUGUGACCUUUGCAUUAAAGUACAGGCACAAACAGGUCCCCUUCGAAGAACAGGAAGGGAUGACUCACUCCCACGACUGGGUCGGCCUGAGCCACCGGACGGAACUGCUGGAGAACCAGCUCCACUUUGCCUCCUCCCAAGAGGAACAGAUCACCGCCAUCGACAGGGGCAUGGAUUUCGAAGAGAGUAAGUAUCUGCUCUGCACAGACUCCCAAAAGAGCAUCAACGGGCAGCUGUUCAGAUCUUCAGGACCCACCCUCAUGGAUGGUAAAGAUCAGAAAAGCGAGCCCCCAACGUCCCCUACCUCAAAAAGGAAAAGAGUCAAAUUCACCACUUUCGCCACCCUCUCUCCGGAGGAUGGAUGCCCUGCCGUGAACUCCCUAGCGGCCAGCAGGGAGGAUACCGUGAACUGGGUCGGCCAGGAUCUGGACCCUGGGGGAGGCCAAGAGUCACAUGGCUACAGGGAAGGAUUACGUGAAGAUGUGUAAACUUGGCAUUUGCAGACAUUGGUUCUCACUCACCUUUCGGCCUUUAACUUGGGGAUUCGGGGCAACGGGGACCGCAGUGGGGGGAAUGCAAAGACAGGGAGGACUUUCCUGGCAGUCCAAUGGUUUAGGACUCAACACUUCCACUGUAGGGGGCGUGGGUUUGAUCCCUGGUCAGGGAACUAAGGUCCCCCAUGCCUCCAGGCGUGGCAAAAAAAAAAAAAAAGGGGGACACGAUCAGGCUGACACUAUCCACAGAGCCCCAGAAAACGACCCUGGCUCCCCCAGGGAGGCCCCGAGUUGGAAUCAAUGUCCACAUUCCAGGGUCCGAUGUCUCAGUUGAUGAAAAGAGGUUUAUCACGCAUGGUGAGAUUUUUUUUCAACUUGGAAGAAAAAUGAGUUCUGAGUCACUGAGCUUCCGACAGCCUCCAGGAAAAAACUGUCCCUCACUUGCCAUCUCUCUUUCUUUAAUCGAAGCAAUUUGGAUACAGCCAAAGCCACACGGCUGCAAUAUUCAAUGUUGCGGACCACAGGAAAAAAAGGAGACUCAGGUUGGGCGGGAUGGAUGGGAGGAAGUGCGUCAUGGAAACUCACCUGGCUGUGAGCCUGAGCAGAAGCGGAGUCUAGCGCCACCUAGAGUCAGCUCUUGGGAAGUAUGAUUUCCAAUUAUCUCCCACAGGCUGGGUCAGGGUAAACCCGGGUUAUUGACAAACCAAGGCAAUUGUUGACCAGGGGUUGAAAGGGAACAAGAGGGCAAACAGGUCACCAAUACCUUUGUAACUAGAUGUCAAGAACAAACACCCAGGAAACUAAACCCUCUGAGCCAUUCGGAGCAUCCCUUUAUUGGUAAACUAGGGAUCCUGGGCAUAGAGUUUCAAUCAGGUUCAAAGAACCAGGCUUUUUUUUUUUUUUUUUAAAGCAAAUUUAAUCUGUUCACAUUUGUACCCUUCCUUGCAUCGCCACCUUUGCAAAAGUCAUUAAUCACUCAUGGGCAGUGGGGAGCCGUGUCACUGUUUGCUGAGUCUCUUCCACUGUGGCCUCUGUGUCAAUCAGUCUACACUGAAGCCCCAUGGGGCCAACUUCACACGUGUCUUGCUUUGAAAAGGCUAGUCUUUGGGGGUCAGCAGUGCUCACAAGGAAUACGACACCCAAGGAUGCUCAUUCUCCUGGCUUUUCUGGAAAGAAGGGAGGGAUGGUCUGUGAUGGGUCUUUCAACAGUCCCAUCUGAUCUGCGGCCCAAGACUGCUGAGAUAAAUCUGGGCAUGCCCAUAGCGGGGUACAGGGUGAGGAGAAUUGAGAUUCAGUGUGUGUGACAAGGGUCGGGCAGGAAAUCUGGCCCCCCUCACAUGUGGGGGGAACAUGAGGCUGCUGCUUCUCCAACUUGGAGGGAUAGAGGGACCCAUGGUACCUGCCUAUGGGGCAGAGAGCUGGGUUAUUCGAGCAUUGGGUUCUAAGGUCAAUUUCUCUUUCUCUGUCUCUUUGUCUCUGUGUCUCUCUGAACCUAUCUCUCUGCUUCCUCUCUCUCUGUGUCUCAGUCUCUCUCUGUGCAUAUAAUUGAAUUCUCCUGAGAUCAAGCGUGUAAUUCCACCAGUUCAUCCUCUCAACUUCAGCACUCUCUCUAAAACUAAGGUGCUGUCCAUUUGCCCUAACACAGAGUCCAGGAGCCAUCAGCCACCUGCUCCUGUCCCCAAGUUGACUUACAUUGUCUGGCUGGGUGACUAAACAGUCACCCUUUUUCAAUGAGAAUCCUUUGCUUUCAGUAACCCACUCCUGUUCCUUUCAGCCUUUCCCUCAUUUUCAUACCACUGUUGAUGCCCCCUCUCCAAUCUGUCUGCGUGCAGAAUGUAUUGUAGAUUAUAAGAAUGUAAUAUAUAUUUAUAAACUUACUGACUGUAAAUAUAAAGUUUGCCUUCUGCGGCUUA